AUGAUAUCUAGAGGAUCGGCUGCUGACAGAGCAUCAGAAAAUGAAAUUGAUGAAGGAAAUAUUCCUAUUAUAAACAAACUUACAGCUUUAUCAAUUAAACGGCAGCGUGAACUUCUUCCUAUUUAUCAUUAUAAGAAUGCAUUACUUUAUUUAAUUGAAAAAAACCCAGUUACAAUAGUUGUUGGAGAAACAGGAUCCGGAAAGACUACACAACUUCCUCAAUAUUUAAAAGAAAUAGGCUGGGCUAAUAAUGGAAACAUAAUAGCUUGUACUCAGCCCAGAAGAAUUGCAGCAGCAACUGUCGCAAUAAGAGUUGCUGAAGAAAUUGGAUGCCCAUUAGGAGAUGAAGUUGGAUAUUCAAUUCGUUUUGAAGAUGUUACUUCUCCAGGAAAAACAAAAAUUAAAUAUAUGACAGAUGGGAUGCUUAUAAGAGAAACACUAAUUGAUCCAUUACUUUCUCAAUAUAGUGUAAUAAUGUUAGAUGAAGCUCACGAAAGGAGUAUAUAUACAGACAUUUUAUUGGGCAUAUUAAAAAAAAUUCAAAGAAAAAGAAAAGAACUAAAAAUAAUUAUUUCAAGUGCUACAUUAAAUGCAGAAGAAUUUUUAUCUUAUUUUAAUAAAGAUAAUAAUGAUGCAGCUAAAAUUAUUUCUAUAGAAGGAAGAAUGUAUCCUGUUGAUAUUUUAUAUUUAAGCGAGCCAACUUCUAAUUAUGUUGAAAAAUCUAUAGAGACAGUUUUUGAAAUCAAUUCAAAAGAGAAAGAUGGAGAUAUUCUUGUAUUUCUUACUGGAAAAGAAGAAAUUGACGCGUGUGUUUCAGGAAUUAUCGAACGUUCUACUCAAUUACUUUCAAGCAAUGAUCGGAAAAUACUAGCUCUUCCUUUAUACUCAGGUUUAUCAACAGAAAGACAAUUAGAAAUAUUUGCAUCAUCUCCUCAAGGUGUACGGAAAGUAGUUGUUAGUACUAAUAUUUCUGAAACUAGCGUUACAAUAGAUGGGAUUGUGUAUGUUAUAGACUCUGGUUUUGUUAAACUGCGAGUGUUCAAUACACAUACAAAUUUUGAAUCUCUUAUAGUUACACCUAUUAGUAAGGCUUCUGCACUACAACGUGCAGGUCGUGCUGGAAGAACACAAGCAGGAAAAUGUUUUAGACUAUAUAAUAGUGCAAAUUUUAAUAAUUUGAGAGAAACAAGUAUUCCAGAGAUUCAAAGAAGUGAUUUAACAGGAUUAAUUUUGCAACUGAAAGCCCUUGGUAUUGAUAAUAUUGCAAGAUUUGAUUAUAUAACCAAUCCACCUUCAGAAAUGGUAAUUCAUUCACUCGAGCUCUUAUUUUCCUUAAAUUCUUUAGAUGAAUAUGGAAGAUUAACUAAUCCUUUAGGAAUGAGAAUGGCAGAAUUCCCAGUUGAUCCAAAAAUGGCUAAAACAUUAUUAACGUCAAGCGAAUUUGGCUGCACUGAGCAAAUUCUUAGCAUUGCUGCUAUGGUAUCUGUUCAAAAUGUUUUUUUACCACAAGAAGAUAGAAAAUCGUUUGAAGCGGUUAGAAAAAAAUUCUCUGUAGAAGAAGGCGAUCAUAUUACUUUAAUGAAUAUAUUUCAUGCAUUUAUUACAAAAGGAGAAAAAUCAUCAAAAUGGUGUCAUGAAAAUUUUCUUAAUUUUAAAGCUUUAUCAAGAGCAUUAAGUAUAAAGACUCAGCUUCGUAGAUAUUUAGAACGUUUUAAAAUUCCAAUAAAAUCUGAAAAUCCUAAAAAUGGAACAGAUAAUAUUCGAAAAUGUUUAAUUAGUGGCUAUUUUUCACAUGCAGCUAAGAUGCAGCCAGAUGGAUCAUUUCGUCUUGUAAAGGGGGAUGCGAUUCUUUAUGCUCAUCCUAAUUCAAUCAUGUUUAAUCGUAAAACUGAUUGGGUUAUAUUUAACGAAGUUUUAGAAACAGGAAAAAAAAUAUUUAUGCGUGAUAUUACUACAGUUAAAAAAGAAUGGUUACUUGAAUUAGCCCCACAUUAUUAUACAAUAGAAGAACCACAGAACAACCAAAAAUUAAACUAA